CAAAUAGAAGUGAAUUAAAAAGUUAAUGAGAAUCGUGUCCGGAGUGUAUUUCGUGUAAAGGGAAUAAAUGUAUGAAUACUUUAACAGAAAUCUUGUCACUGUGAAGCACAUAAGGCAGUUACUUAAAUGUGUGUGUAGAAAUCCAGCCAGAAUUUCUACGGUUUUUCACAUGAAGAACUCGGUAGGGGACAGACAGUUCACCAGUUACACUAACACGUUCAAGGGUCACAUUGAAUGUUCAGAAGUAGUAUAAGCACCACCACCACCACCACCCCGCGAUACACUUAGGGACAAGGUACCAUAAAAGGCAAAAUUUCCUUUUCCUUGGGAGGAAAGGGACGGACGAAGGAUUUGAAUGCAGGAGCUUUUAAAAAAUGAAACAAUCUACUGAAAGGGAAAAAAAAUCGAAGGAAAUAGAAGGGGACUUCCAAGCACAGAGUAACACAGAAAGGAAGGUGAAAAAAAAAAUGGCAAAAUAAUUUAAGGGUGGUGGAAGCUGAGGGAGAUGACAAGUGCAAGAGACGAGAAAAUCAGUAAGACACACACACGAAGAAAGUGAAGCAAUGGAAACAACCAAAAGAACAAGAGGCCAUAGAAGAUCAAACUCCCCAGCAAACUCCUGCUCAACACAAGGAUUCAUGUAGUGUUUGUAAGCAGAAGGAUGAGAAGACUUUUAUCAAGAGACUUCUGCACUGUUGACAACCUGAAGGCACUUUCGAUGGCUCAGUCCUCAACUUUACCACUGCCAACAGUGGAAAGCCUUGUGUCUCAGCACUUACUUUGUCAUUCAUCCAUUCGGAAAAGUGACUGGGAACUCCUCCCUGGAAGGAUUACACGUAUGGGCAAAUUAUUUUUCACAACAGAUGUAUUGUUUGAUGGAACUGGUAGACAGAGUCUGUUACUUGCAGAGUUCUAGGGUUAUAGCUAAAGUUUCUGUCACUGCUACAAAUUCUCAUUUAACAGCUGACUGCUUGUAGAUGACUAAAAUGUUUGUAAGCUAUAAUAAUAAGGCUUUGCUUUCUGCUGUGUAAUUUGCUAACUUAAAAAUAAGUUUAAUGCUUGAGAAAAACUAACCUAGGAUAAUUUUGGCUGGGCAUAUUCAUAUUGUAUGCGUCAAAAAUGAAAAUGACAAGUAGCUUACUAAUAUAUUAGUUUGUAAACAGUAUUAUUUUAUAUUUUAAACAAAUGAAACUUCUAAUUGUAUACUUUGAUUUAGAGAUUUUCCAAAGAAUGCUGCAAGAGUUUCCUGAAACAUUUAAAGAGCUAGAUAUGCUGAGUUCUAUAUUUCCUAACAAGGUUUGUAUAUCAUUUAUUUAAAUAAUCAGUUUAAAACUUGAGGAUUACUCUGAUUUAUUGUGUUAUAGCUACAAAACAAUCUGUAACUACUUACCGUGAUUUUUUUAAUUAGAGGUGGUGAAUCAGAAGAAAAUGUGCUCCUAUCUUACAAAACUGUUAGGAUCGUGAUAUACACUAAGUUCAAUAUCAACAAAAGAGAGAUCUAUUUGAUAAGUGCUGAAUGAUCAACAUUUAUACAAUUUACAUACAUUAAUAUGUGCUUAAUUUGGAAAUUGAGAGUAAAUCAUAUGUUCAUGAGACCUGACUAUUGAAAUUGGCCCAAGGUUGUACUAUUUUUAUUGUGAUGCUGCUUAUGCUAUUUACAAAUGUCCAGGCAGAAAACAGGCUGUUAACUAUUACAUGGAGGACUUUCCCUCUCUCUGCCUACCUCUUAGGUGAAAGAGACAGCAAAGCUCAUGUACUACUGGAAACUUGACAAUGAAUUUACUUUGCAAUAUGUGAUUUAAAUACAACUGAGGUUGUCUUGGGGGCUCUACAAGCAGUCAGUUUUCAGAUUUCAUAAUCAAUUCAUUUUCCCUCUUGUAUUUGGAUGUCAAAUAAACCUUUGUAAAUCUAGCAUCCCAAAUAAAAUUUUGUCCUUAUUUACACAAAAGAGAUUAUUUAGAUGCACUGAAUGAGAUAAUGGAAAAUAGAAUAUAGAACUGUUGGGGCAGACUAAACCUUACUGAGCCCCUACAAUCUGGUCUCCUGCUUUUCAAUCCUAUAUCUCUGUACUAUUUCAGUAAAUAAAUCUGACUAGUGCAAUUAGUAGAUGCCAUCUGUUUUGGCAUAAUUUUUUCUAUUUUUAAUAUAUAGUCCAUCUUUUAAAAAAAGGGUUUUGCAGAAAAUCUGUGGAGUUUGAACAAGCGGCCUUCCCAAGAUGUGCCGCAUAUCUCAACUGAUGUCAACACCAGUAGCAAGUUCCUCCAGGUUGGACAGAGAAUGUGCUGGAGAACUGUCUACUACAUGUAUUUUCCAAGGUAUGCCAUGGAGCUUUUCUCAAUCAAAUUUAACAGAUUUCCUUAUAGUAUGUCAUGCUUUGUCUACCUGUGGCUUCCUGGAUGGUGACAUUUCCUUUGAAAGCUCCAUAGAUUCCUUGACAGGUUUCCACCAUAUCUGUCACCAAAGUCCCAGGUUCCUCAUCAAUGGCUACUGCAUACGGACAAAGGACAGAUUCCUCUGUGGCAAAGAUGACAUAACUCUGAACCCCUCAUAGACCUGUGUUAUAUAUAAGGAGAACUUAGGAUCCAGAUCAGAAAUGGCACACAUCUCUUCUGCUCACAUUUCCCUGGAAGAUUUUACUGUCUUGGCUGCACCUAAUGGCCAGGGAGCAAGAAGACUGAGUCCGUCUGUGCCUAAGAGAAAGAGUAGAGUAUAUUACACCAAGGUUUACUGUUUCUGUCAUACAAUUAUAAGAUCAGGCUACAAGCCUACUGGCUUGUGCUAUGAUAUCCUUUUCGCCACACCCAAAGCUACAUUAAUUCAGUCAGAAAAAAGGAAAAUAUGCCAUUUUCUAUCUUCUCUCUUCAACAUAAGUGCCUCUAAAUACUGGUUGCGUGGAAGCACCUAUGGUGAUAUUGGCGCUUGCCUGAGGGAGGGCAUCUGGCUGAAGGGCAUCAGGGUGCUGAAUACAUCUCACUGCAGACAGAAUGGGAGAGGAGACAUGACUGGAGCAAUUAAAAAAAAUAACAUGAUUCAAAUGCCAUUUUGA